UUAGGACGUACGCCUGUCGCACCUUGACUCCUGCUGUCCGCGAGAGCCGGUUUGUGCUCAGUGUCCUGUGCACACCCUUGCAAGCGUCGGCGCCAUGAGUAUGACUUCCAACGUACGAGUCCACUCCAUGCUGGGACUAGACAACUCUCCUCUGAGGCUGAGGCUAACCAGACUAUGCAGCACCCUCUUCUCUCCACAAUUCUCUGGAACUGGGUUGAAUGGAUCGCAGCUGUUACCAUUGCUGCUGGAACAGCUGCAAUUGGUUAUCUAGCUUACAAAAGAUUUUAUGUUAAAGAUCAUCGCAACAAAUCUAUGGUAAACCCUCACAUCCAGAAAGACAACCCCAAGGUAGUACAUGCUUUUGACAUGGAGGAUUUGGGAGAUAAAGCCGUGUACUGCCGUUGUUGGAGGUCCAAAAAGUUCCCACUCUGUGAUGGAUCUCACACAAAACACAAUGAAGAAACUGGAGACAACGUGGGACCUCUGAUCAUUAAGAAAAAAGACACUUAAAUGGACACUUUUGAUGCUGCAAACCAACUUGUCAUGAUGUUUCCUGAUUGUUUAAUUAGAAUGACUACCACUUCCAUCUAAUUCACCUCCCCUGGAUUCUAGAUGUGUGGUAAACUGUAGCUUUCAUAUUCACAGCAUUUGCCUUACAUGUGGAACCAUUGUGGUGCACAUCUGUUGAAACAAAAAAGGAAAAACAAAAAACCAAUCUCAUGGCCUGUGGGUUAUUUUGGUCUUGUAAGGAUCUGUUUCUUUACAUUUAAAACUGACAUUAGAUUAUAGUUGUAUGUCAAAGUUAACGUAUUAAAUUAUUCUCAAAAUCAUGUAUGUGCAG